UAGUAAGAAACAUUCUCAAUCAAUUUGUAAUUCAUGCAUCUCUUGUGAUAACACAAUCAAACAUUUAUUCCUAUUAAUUGCUCUUUGUAAUUACCCAAUCACAGUCCUCUUCCCAUUUAGACAGUUACUAAUUACAACUCAACAUUCUAUUUUUAUUCUUAAAUUUGCACGCUGGCAGCUGGUCCAUACCAUCUAUCCAUAUUUUUGUAUGGUAUGUAAACCUAUCUAAAUGGUAUGGUUGAUCUUGCCAAAGUCCUAUAUCUUCCGAAUCUCCCUCUCUAUAUAUCAGUAGUGUUUAGUAUCUGUACCCCUCUCAUUCAAUUCCCUCUCAAGGAGAAACACAAGUUUUUUCCAUUCAAACCUCUAACCAUUUUAUUUCUCUCUGUGCGCCCUCCCACACAUGGUAGUAUAGUAAACCUGCAUGGACUCUCAGGCUCAGAAGUUUUCCCCGGAGAUAUUGAUUAAGCUUUAAAAGAUGUUGCAGGCUUAGUAUCAGGUUUUGAUCAGCUGGUCGUUGGCGAAGAAAGUGGAGAAAAGGUUUUGGUGAAAAUGGUAUUCGCUAAGGAAUGUUGGGUUUUGAUAAGUAUUAUAACUGUUGCAUGGCUGCUGUGGUGUAAGAAGCAGAACAAAAUAAAAAAGAAGAGUGGAGUUCCGAAAGGGAACUUGGGUUGGCCUUUCAUAGGAGAAACUCUUGACUUCAUUGCUUGUGGUUACACUUCUCAACCUGUCAGCUUCAUGGAUAAGCGCAAAUCUUUGUAUGGGAAGGUGUUUAAAACACACAUAUUGGGUACACCCAUAAUAGUUUCAACAGAUGCUGAAGUUAACAAAGUAGUUUUGCAAAACCAUGGCAACAUCUUUGUGUCUGCUUAUCCCAAAUCAAUAAGAGAUUUACUUGGAGAAUUCUCCAUUCUUCAAAUGAAUGGUAAUCUUCAAAAGAAAAUGCAUGCACAGAUCGGUGGAUUUCUGAGAUCACCACAACUCAAAGCCAGAAUCACAAAAGACAUUGAAAACUCUGUCAAGCUGACAUUGGCUACUUGGAAAGACAUGAACAUUAUCUACGUUCAAGAUGAAAUCAAAAAGAUAACGUUUGAAGUUCUGGUGAAAAUAUUGAUGAGCAAUGUUCCUGGUGAAGAUUUAUGCUUUCUCAAGAGAGAAUUCGAAGAAUUCAUCAAGGGCUUAAUUUGUUUGCCAAUCAAACUUCCUGGAACAAGACUAUAUAAAUCUUUAAAGGCGAAGAAGAAGUUGAUAAAGAUAGUGAAGAGGAUCGUAGAAGAGAGAAAACUGGCUAUGGAGAAAUCAGAUGAAAAAGGUGUAGCAAAAGAUGUAGUGGACGUGCUGUUAAACGAGAAGCAAUAUUUACCGUCAGAUGUCAUCAGUGGUAAUAUCAUAGAGAUGAUGAUCCCAGGGGAAGAAACUGUGCCCACUGCAAUGACGCUAGCUGUCAAAUUCCUCAGUGACAGCCCUGUCGCUCUCAAGCAACUUACGGAGGAGAACAUGGAACUGAAGAGGCAGAGGACCGAGUCAUGUGAAGAAUUUAGUUGGACUGACUACAUGUCCUUGCCAUUUACUCAAAAUGUGAUCAGUGAAACUCUUAGAAUGGCAAAUAUCAUUAAUGGAGUUUGGAGGAAAGCUCUCAAAGAUGUGGAAAUCAAAGGUCAUUUGAUACCAGAAGGAUGGUGUGUGUUAGCAUCAUUUAUAUCUGUUCACAUGGAUGAAGAAAACUAUGAGAACCCAUAUCACUUUGAUCCAUGGAGAUGGGAGAAAACAGGAGCUGCUGCUGUUAACAACAAUAAUUUUACACCAUUUGGUGGGGGUCAGAGGCUUUGUCCUGGUUUAGAAUUAUCUCGCCUUGAAAUCUCCAUCUUUCUUCAUCGUCUUGUCACUACUUAUGGAUGGAUUGCUGAAAAGGAUGAUAUUAUUUACUUUCCAACCGUCAAAAUGAAGAAGAAUCUGCCAAUCACUGUAACCCCCAUAAGGACGUAAGCUUUGAAUUCAUCAUUGAUGGCUGCAACCACCAUAUUAGAUUGGCCCACCUAGAAAACGUGCAUAAUGUAUCUAAAUCUCACCAGACAGAUCCAUUUGGCGGUAUUUGCGUUUUGCACCAAAAAGGUUCAAAAAGAUGCUCAUUCAUGUAAAAGCUAUAUCUGUAAGACUCUUUUUAUAUAUGGCCGGGACUGUUUAUAUCUUGUUA